AUUCUGCUGCUGAUGCAUUGCCUUGUCUCUCUGUAGGUCGAUGAGAUCUUUGAAGGCACUUUCGUAUCAGGAUUGUUCUGUUCUUUGUUUUUUUUGUCUCUGCUGGUGCCAUAGUUUAAGCUAUAAAAGGAGUGGGCAGGCUACACUAAUUCCUCACCCUAAACACACCGUAACCAAAUAGCUCAUAGGGUCACCUGGGGGAUAAGAGUGUACAUAAAAGAGCUGAAACAGAGAAAAACAGAGAGUGAAGCAAAAAAAUGGAAUAUUCCAGGUCAAAAUUGGCGAUGGCAGCUUUUUUGCUUCUGGGUUUGUUGAGCUUCGUUGUUGACGCAAGACUCCCGGUGAAGAGCAUCAUCAGGGGACCGGAUUGCGUUGGCAAAUCAGCGGAUCGAACGUACAACAAAAGAGUGGGACGUCUUAUCAACAUUUUGGUCGAUGAGACGAAGAACGUGCGACGCGAGAAUUACAAUGAGUAUAGUUACGUUCACAGCUAUCCCAACCGCGACAACGGUUCUGUCAUUGGUGGCGCCACUUGUGAUAGGCAGCUCUGGAAACUGGAUUGCUGGUCAUGUUUGGUGACUGCCAAGAACAAGCUUAACGACAACUGUGGCCACACCCAUGAUGCUAGGAUCGAACUCGCGGAUUGCUCCAUUUGGUAUAAAAUGAUUCGCUGAAUUCACUCUGUUUUUCUUUGUAUAUUAAAAAAAAAUGUGCCACCUACACUCCUAGAUCCCUGAGCUUUGUAUUUUCAUCGUAUUUUCCAUCCUAUAUUUGCUUUUGUUAUAUAUUGUUGUUACUGGUUGUGAUUAGGGUCUAGCGCAUGUAAUACUUCAAUUUCUAACUUUAUGGAAUCAAUUAUGAGCCGAAAC